GUUCGAGUCAGUCGGCGACGCCCAGAAAGCCAAACUGGCUCUGAAUGGAGCCGACAUCUACGCCGGCUGCUGCACGCUGAAGAUCGAAUAUGCUCGGCCCAACAGACUGAACGUCGUCCGCAACGACAACACCAGCUGGGAUUACACCAAACCUUUCCUCCUGCACCGAGAGCGGGGGAAGGGAAGGCAGCGUCAGGCCAUCCUCGGAGAUCAUCCCUCCAACGGCUACGGCCCACAGCGCCCCCUGCUGCCUCUGCCCGCUAACAGCAGGUACAGGAGGAGCAGCCAGGAGGUGCAGGACGUGGUCUGCUAUCCUCUGCUCCCUCACAAGACCUCCUCCACCUGUUCCUCCUCCUCCACCUCUUCUUCUCUCCUGGGCCUCGCCGCCUCCAGCUCCGUUGCCAUGGUGAGCAGCCUGCAUCCCGUCCAGAUGAACUGCAGCCGCAUCUUCAAUCUCUUCUGUCUCUAUGGCAACGUGGAGAAGGUGAAGUUCAUGAAGAGCGUUCCCGGCACGGCGCUGGUGGAGAUGGGAGACGAGUACUCGGUGGAUCGAGCCGUGACUCACCUCAAUGGAGUCAAAGUGUUCGACAAGAAACUCAACGUGUGUGUGUCCAAGCAGCGGUCGGUGAUCCCCAGUCAGGUGUUUGAGUUGGCCGACGGCAGCAGCAGCUAUCAGGACUUCAGUCUGACCAGAAACAACCGAUUCAGCGGCGCUCAGACCAGCAGGAACAUCAUCCAGCCGCCGGCCGCCGUCCUGCACUUCUACAACGCCCCCCCCACCCUCAGCCAGCACCAGCUGCACGAGCUCUGUGAUGAACACAGCGUUCCCGCCUUCACCAAGUUCAAGAUCUUCGAUGCCAAACCCAGCUCUAAGACUCUGUCGGGUCUGUUGGAGUUCGACAGUAAGACUGAAGCAGUGGAGACUCUGACUGUUCUCAACCACCAUCAGAUCAGAAUACCCAACAGCUCCAACCCUUUCACCCUGAAGCUCUGUUUCUCUACUUCCUCACACCUGUGACCUGAAAGCAGCUCACAGGAAGUCAGCUCGGCACAAACCACAAAAAAAAGGACAAUGUUUAUGUUCGCUCGGCUCGGUGCGAAGCAGGAAGUGACGAGAACCGCACACUUCUUCCCUGAACGAUGAUGAUGAUGAUGAUGAUGAUGUCAGCAGCUCGAGAGGAAAUCUUCGUCUUCUUCUUCGGCUGAACAGUUUGGUUUAAUCUCACAUUGAUCAGUAAAUAUCAUCGGUGUCGUCUUUCAUACCCUGAAGAUAAACAUAUAAACUGUAGUGAUGUUUGUAACUCAGGGAGGAAACAUUAACAACUGUCAACCAAUCAGAUUUCAGCUACAGACCGUAGGAAUAUUACGAGAAUAAAGUCGAAAUAUUACGACUUUAUUCUCCUAAUGUUACGACU